AUGAACGGAAGCACACGCUCCAUGAGACAUCAUGUCCAACGAUCACUUGGUGAUGAUUUCGUUGAACCACCGGCUUCCGUCAUGUCGACAAUGCCGAAUGAAGUCGACGACGACGACGAUGAUGAUGAUGAAGGGGAAGAAUUUCAGCCCAAAGCAGCAUCACGAGGACGACCAUCGACAACACCCGGACGCGGACGUGGACGCUCAUCGCGUGGCGGACGUAAAACCAGCGCAUCUAUCAACCAAGCCGAUGAUGAUUCCAUGGAAACAAGUUCCGUGUCGAUAACCACGGCGAAUAAUACCACAUACGGCGGUCAACACACUGAAGAAAAAGGAUAUUUUCAUCAUCUGUUAGCUGGAAAGACCAAUAUUCAAGUGUUAGUUGAUCAAUGGAUUGAUUCGUAUCAAGCCAACCGUGACGAAGCAUUGAUUGAAUUAAUGCAAUUCUUUUUGGAUUCAAGUGGUUGUAAAGGAAAACUAACUCAAACAAUGUAUUUGAAAAUGGAACACGUCGAUAUGCUAAGAGCAAUGACUGAACAUUUCGAUGAAGAUACAUCUGAAUAUCCCAUCAUCAUGGCCGGUCUACAAUAUAAGAAAUUUCGUACUUCAUUCAGUGAAUUUGUUGUCUUAUUAAUUAAACAAGCAUCAUACUCAAUUAUUUAUGAUCAAUAUAUGAUUGACAACCUUGUCACGUUAUUGACGGCGCUGUCAGAUUCGCCGGUUCGUGCUUUUCGUCAUACGGGUACACUAGCUGUUCUAAAAGUCAUGACUGCACUUGUGGAUAUUGCCUUGACAAUCAGUAUACAAAAAGAUCAAUGUCAACGACAAUACGAAGCUGAACGACAAAAAUCCAGUGCACGACGAGCAGCUGAUCGACUCGAUACAUUAACAGCCAAACGAAAAGAGCUUGAAGGAAACGAAAAUGAAAUCAAAAGUUUUAUGAAUUUUAUCUUCAAAGGUGUAUUUAUUCACCGUUAUCGUGAUAUCGUGCCGGAUAUUCGAUGCUUGUGUAUGAGCGAGCUCGGUGAGUGGAUGAAAAGCUAUCCGAUGGUUUUUCUCGACGAUAUCUACCUCAAAUAUAUUGGUUGGACUUUAUACGAUAAAGUCGGCGAUUGUCGUCUACGCUGUUUACUUGCCUUGAUUCCAUUAUUUCAAACGAAUGAUCUUGUCGGUAAACUUGAAUUGUUUACCAAUCGAUUUAAAGAUCGUGUUGUGCAAAUGACAGUUGAUUGUGAAUACGAAGUUGCUGUUCAAGCGAUCAAACUUUUAACAGCUAUAUUGAAAUUCAAUGAACGUAUACUUGAAGAUAAAGAUUGUGAAAAUAUCUAUGAACUUGUCUAUCAUUCUCAUCGACAAGUCGCACAAGCAGCUGGCGAAUUUCUUAACCAAAAACUAUUCCAUAAAGCGGAACAACCAUUGAAUUCUUCAAAGAAACGCAGUCAAAAUACUGCUUUUAUGCAUCUACUCGUUCAAUUCUUUAUCGAGAGUGAACUUCACGAACAUGCAACUUAUCUAGUCGAUUCCAUGUGGGAUCAGCAUCCCAUGAUGAAAGAUUGGGAAUGCAUGACUGAUAUUCUACUUGAAGCACCAGAUCAAGAAGAAGAUCCACUCGAUGACCAACAUGAGAAUUGUCUCAUUGAAAUAAUGGUUUGUUGUGUUCGAGAAGCAGCUACUGGUGAAUAUCCAAUUGGCCGUGGACAACCAAAUCGAAAAUUAACAAUGAAAGAACAAAAGCAAAAAGAAGACGAUAAACGACUUCUAACCGAUCAUUUUAUUGGUACUUUACCACCACUGCUUAACAAAUAUAUAGCGGAUGCGGAUAAAUUACUGAAUCUACUUCAAAUUCCGCUUCAUUUCAAUUACGAAGUGUAUACAACUACUCGCCGUGAACGAGAUUUGGAUGCUUAUCUAACUGCACUGAGUGAUAUUGUUCAACGUCAUACCACAGCUGAUAUCUUCGAUGCCGUGUCCAAAUGUUUCGAAUGUGUUUGUGAUGUUAGCUUUACUCUAUCAAAUCGUGCGAUUGCUCAUCGAGGAAAUAUUAUUGAUAAAAUCUUAGCUAACUUUAAUGCAGCAAUGGGUAUUUUCGAAGAAAUGGACGAAGCAGAUGAAGAUGAUUUAUAUCCCUUGUUACUCAAUUUAAGAAAACUGGACGCUUUCCAUCAGUGUCAUGAUUUGGAUAAUGUUGAUCUAUGGGAUAAGAUUCAUCUUCUAUUCAAAGCAGCGAUUGACAAUGAAGAUAUGUCACCUGAGAUCGUCGAUAAAUGUUUUGGUAUUGCCAAUCGUAGUCUGCUCUGGGGAUUGUAUCAACUGGAUAUUCAAUUCGAUAAAGAUCUCUUGAAAAAACUCGUUAAACGUUCACGCAAACUUUGCACUCUUUGCCAAAAACUGAUGCUACAUGCGAAUACUCAGAUCUGUCAAUACGCUUAUUCGACAUUGUGUGAUUUGUUAAUUAGUAUGAGUCCGCAUUUGGUGGAUAAAAAUCCUGAUUAUCAAGUUCUUGUAAUUGAAAUCAAUGAAAAUCUUAUUCAAGCAUUGUUAACAUUCUUGAAUACUUACGUUUUCUUUGCUGAUGAACCGAAAAACCAAGAUGAACAAGCAAAAAUUGAGAAUCUUCAUAAGAAACGUAAUCUUCUGGCUGCUUAUUGUAAAUUGAUCGUUCACAACGUUCUGCCAAUCCAAGCCGCGACAAAUAUUCUGAAAUACUAUGUUAAAUUUAGCAAUGAUUUCGGUGACAUUAUCAAAAAUACGUUCACACGUGCUCGAGAUAUUUCUAAGAUUCACACCGCCAAAACCAUGGCCUACAGUCUUAUGGCAGUUUUUAAAGAUUGUGUUGCUGCUCGAGAUGCUGCACAAGAAGCUGCUGGUAAUGACGAAACAAUAGCAAUUGAUUUAUCACCGUUACGAGAAUUGGCGCGUCGAUUUAACCUUUCAUUCGGUCUUGACAUGGCCAAACAGCGCGAAGCACUUGCUGCACUUCAUCGUGAAUGUAUUCGUUUUGCGUUAACACCACUAUUCAAACCUGAUGAUCCAACUCAACCCGGCCCAAAUAUUCUCUUCCUUGAAGUCUUACCCGAAUUUGCUUCCAAACUUCUCAAACCAGAUAAAAAAGCCAUCUAUGAUCAUGUUGAUAAGCUUGUUCACAAUGCAACAAUCGAUGGUGACGCCUGGCAACCAUUGAUUAACUAUCGUCGUAUUCUUAAUGAUGAACCAGGCGGUGGACAUGGUCCUAAACCUCGUGCUUCAACUGUUAAUCGUGGUCGUAAGCGUGCCGCUCCUCAGGAUGAUGAUAAUUCGCGAUUAUAA